AUGUCGCCGUCGAACCGCCCCUUCGAAACCUUCGAGAUUGGUCCCUUCGUCGCACCGCGUAUCUGGACAGGCCUAUGGCAACUCUCAAGCAACGCCUGGGGGAGUGCAAGCGUGCCCAAGAUCCGGCAAGGCAUGGCUCGCCACGUCGACAUGGGCUAUACGGCCUUCGGUGAGCUUCUCAGUGUCUGCGUGCUGGUAUCAUUUUUGUCUCAAGACGAGUUCCAUAGAUAUGCCGAUCAUUAUGGGAGCGCUGAGAUCGUCUUCGGCCAGUUUCGAGAAUCGUCUCCCUCCAAGGAGAGCAUCAUCGGCGCGACCAAGUGGUGCGCGUUCAAGCGCAUCAACCCGUCGCGCUCGGUUGUUGAGGCAGCUGUUCGAGAGCGCAUGGAGCGUAUGAGAACGGAUCGCGUUGAUUUGUUGCAGUUCCACUGGCAAGAUUACUCGGACCAGAAUUACAUGGUCGCAUUGAAUCACCUUCUGGACCUUCACUUCGAGGGUGUCAUAGCGUCCAUUGGCCUGGUUAACUUCGACACGAUUAGAACCGACCAGAUAUGCACUCAGCUCGGUCCUGGUGCUAUCGUCUCGAACCAAAUUCAGUUUUCGUUAAUUGACACUCGCCCGCUUCAUGGCAUGGCGGACAUAUGCGAGAAGCACGGCCUCAAGUUGUUGACGUACGGAACUCUGUGCGGAGGCUUUCUCACAGACAAAUGGUUAGGAGAACACGAGCCAUCAUUUUACUCCAAUGACCUCACACCGUCGCAACGAAAAUAUUUAGACGUGAUUCUCAGAGCAUGGGGAUCUUGGGAGCUCUUCCAAUCUCUCCUAAUCGUGCUACGUCGAAUUGGGGAUCGCCAUGGGCGCAGUAUCGCAAAUAUCGCGACGCGUUGGGUGCUGGACCACCCUUUCGUUGGCGCAGUGCUCAUAGGGGCGCGCUUGGGUCUCGCGGAACACCCAGACGAGAACGAGAAGGCGUUUGGAUUCCAUUUGAGUGCCCAAGACGAAGCUGAGAUAGAAGCUGUCCUGGAUCGUUCUAACGGUCGGACCAUGAUCACGUCUAUAGGUGAUUGCGGGGCGGAAUAUAGACAGUAG